AGUGACUUGGGCGGGCUACUGCAGUUGGCGGCCGUGUCGUGCUCUGUGUCGUGGUUAUUUUCGCUGCUGCCGCCAGGAUGUUUGAGGCGCGGCUUGUGCAGGGCUCGGUGCUCAAGCGGGUGCUGGAGGCCCUGAAGGACCUCAUCACCGAGGCGUGCUGGGACCUAGGAUCAGGCGGCAUCAGCCUGCAGAGCAUGGACUCCUCGCACGUUUCUUUGGUGCAGCUCACGCUGCGUUCUGAGGGCUUCGAUACCUACCGCUGCGACCGUAACAUCGCCAUGGGCGUCAACCUCAACAGCAUGUCUAAAAUACUGAAGUGUGCUGGAAAUGAAGACAUCAUAACUCUUAGGGCAGAAGACAAUGCGGAUACGUUGGCUCUCGUGUUUGAAGCACCAAAUCAGGAAAAGGUUUCUGAUUAUGAGAUGAAGCUUAUGGAUCUCGAUGUGGAACAGCUUGGAAUUCCAGAACAAGAAUACAGUUGUGUUGUGAAAAUGCCUUCUGCUGAAUUUGCACGCAUCUGUAGAGACCUCAGCCACAUUGGUGAUGCUGUUGUAAUCUCCUGUGCAAAAGACGGUGUGAAAUUUUCAGCUAAUGGAGAGUUAGGAAAUGGAAACAUCAAGCUGUCACAGACCAGUAACGUGGACAAAGAGGAAGAAGCUGUUACAAUAGAAAUGAAUGAGCCAGUCCAGUUGACUUUUGCUCUGAGGUAUUUGAACUUUUUUACCAAAGCCACCCCCCUGUCACCUACAGUAACACUCAGCAUGUCUGCAGAUGUUCCUCUGGUUGUGGAGUACAAGAUCGCUGAUAUGGGACAUUUAAAAUACUACCUGGCUCCAAAGAUUGAAGACCAGCAAGAAGGCUCUUAACUGCACUGGGACUGAGGGGGAGAUCUGCUCAGCUCUUGGGGGGCACAACCAGCUUGGAGAAGGAAGUCUGCUGUCUUCCACAUUACUAGAAAUGUCAGUGCAUUGCAGCAUCGAGUCAGCACUGUUAAGGAUGUUCUGUAGAUAUCUCUGUAAAUAUUUUUCAACUUGUUUUGCUAUACUGAUGUCAUUUGAAAUAGGAAUUUUUUUUUCUAGCCUA